UUACAUUUGAAGCAGCUGCGAUAGUUAUACCCGCUGUGGCACACAGACGAAGAUGGCUACGCUUUCUAUGGUGCCAACCUCAACCCUUCUAGCUUCUUCAAACCUUGGGCGAGUCAACCGAUACUCGGGAAUGGCGUUUGCUAGUUCUGUAAAAGAAGUCAAAGGGGAGGGCAACUUGCCGAAGCUCGUUCUCACUUCUACCCACGGUAGUGAGGCUGAGAUAUAUUUAUUUGGAGGUUGCGUCACAUCUUGGAAAGCUGCAAGUGGCAAGGACCUCCUCUUUGUUCGCCCGGAUGCUGUAUUUAAUGGGCAGAAACCUAUCAGUGGAGGAAUUCCACAUUGUUUCCCACAGUUUGGACCUGGCCCAAUGCAGCAGCAUGGUUUUGCAAGGAAUAUGAAUUGGUCUGCUGUUGAUUCUGAAAAUGUGGAAGGAAAUCCUGUUGUAACUCUAGAGUUAAAGGAUGGUCCUUACAGUCGUUCCAUGUGGGAUUUCAGCUUUCGAGCUUUGUAUAAGGUUAUCCUGAACAAAAACAGCCUGUCCACAGAAUUGGUAAUCACAAAUACAGACAAGAAGCCAUUUUCAUUUAGUACUGCCUUGCACACAUACUUCAGUGCUUCAGCCACAGGAGCAUCAGUGAAAGGCCUGAAAGGUUGCAAAACACUGAACAAAGAUCUAGAUCCUACUAAUCCGUUGGAGGGUAAGGAGGAAAGGGACGUAGUAACUUUUCCUGGAUUUGUGGACUGCAUUUACCUUGAUGCCCCUAAUGCGUUGCACCUUGAUAACGGCUUGGGUGAUAUCAUAACUGUCAAGAAUACCAAUUGGUCAGACACAGUUUUGUGGAACCCAUAUCUGCAGAUGGAAGCAUGCUAUAGAGAUUUUGUCUGUGUUGAAAAUGCUAAGAUUGGAAAGGUCCAGCUAGAGCCAGAACAAUCUUGGAGCGCCAUUCAGCAUCUUAGCAUUGACUGAAGAGCAGCCAAAUAUGGCUUCCAAGCUCUUAGGACUAAUUCAUCUUUUAUUUAUUCUGUAUCUGAAUUUUACCCCUGCUUUACCUUUUCAAAGUUUCCAGCAUACACCAUCAUACUCUCCUCUUAAUAAUGUUGAACAAUGCUGGUUAUAACAUUUACUUUUACCACUUUUCUAGGGUAUAGGGGGUGAAUUGAUACCAAUAAAAUUUUGUGUUUAAUUAA